UACAUUUAUAACAUUAGUUGUGCCGCAGUUGUGGAGAAGCAUAGCGCUAGUUUGAGAGCUCCAAAAUGAGAUUCUCGCCAACGCUACUCUUGAUAUUGCUCAUGCAAAGGACUUUGACGUACCCGACAACUAGCGAAUUACAAGUACAACGCGAACGGCGAAUCAUCGGCGGUGAACCAGCACGAAUCGAACAAGUGCCAUAUCUGGUGAAUAUCCGUUUGAAUCGCCUUUUUCAUUGUGGUGGCUCAUUGGUGACGUCACGUUGUGUUUUAACAGCAGCCCAUUGCAUCAGCCAUCAUUUGCCAAAUGAUUUUGUUGUACGCGGUGGAAAUACUUUGUUAUCUGAUGUGGAAAAUUGGCGUACGGUUAAACGGGUAUUCGUACCGCCCGAGUAUAAUAAUCGCACAUUCGAUCAUGAUGUGGCCAUUAUGCGACUUAAUACUAAACUACAAGGUGUGAAUAUCAAACCGAUAACAAUUGGUGAUUUUGCGCUCGCACAAGGCGAAUACGUUACCGUUUCCGGUUGGGGUCUUACGCGUGAGAAUGCUGUUCUACCAUCGAAUCAUAUGCAGACGGUGCGUCUUCAUGUUUUAGAGCAAAAGCAAUGUAAAGCAAUAUAUGGGGAUUAUCGAAAUGUAACCGACACGAUGUUCUGUGCAUCGGUGCCGGGUCAAAAAGAUGCAUGUUUGGCUGAUUCCGGUGGGCCAGCAGUGGCGCGUGGUCGCUUGGUCGGCGUUGUGUCGUGGGGUAAAGGCCGUGAAUGUGGUCGCGCUAAUUCGCCGGGUGUAUAUGUGAGAUUAAAUAUGGUGAAGAAGUGGUUAAUGCAUAUACUGUACAAACACUGUUAGGAGGCUAUAAAAAUUUGUUAAUGAUAAUAUUUUAAAUUUAAGUUAAAAUAGGUGGAGUUAGUGGGA